GACAAAGCUGCAGCACCAUCCAACAUCAAUGACUCUCUGGCGGAGUUUCUUCCUUAUCCUGACCUUCGUCUCUCUGGUCACCACAAAAUAUCUUUUCAGCAGUUGUCUGUCGGGGAGUGUGCGCAGCUAUGUCUUCAAGUGGCUCGACUAAAUAUCUACAACUGUAGUUCCUUUGAACACAUAACAGCUACACGUGAUUGUCUUUUGAUGGAGCUCUCCUGUAAAGAUCGUGAACUGCUGAUCGAUAACUCAAGAUCCUUUUAUCAACUGAAAGGUAGUUUUUGUUUUUUGUUAGGUAGUAGAGCUAGAAACAACAUAUUGUCAAAAAAAAUGAAAGGUUAUGCAGUCAUCCCACAGAAUUGUUACAAAGUGGGUGCCAAAGAACUUUUCUCCGAUUCCAAAGGACAGUGCUUACGUAACGCUGUUUAAUAAGUUCAUUUUACUUAUUGUACACUUCUGACGGGCGUGGUUCAAAUAAAAAAAUCUGUUUCUCGCGACACUUCAAACCUUAGCCCAAAGUUUCAAUUUCGCGUGUGAUUUGCUAGAUCUAGCAGUUGGCCCCUCGUAUUUGAUAAAAAAAAGGAGCUUACUCAUCAAAUCUCUUCCUAAAAAAAACGCAAAAUCUGAUUACGACGGAAGAAGAAGAAGGGUGAAAGGAAAAAAAGUCGAAAAUGAUUUUGGCAAUUUAAAAGGAAUUCUCUCGGCCUAUUAGUGUUGUACUCGCCCAAUCCCAAAUGUCUACUGUAUAUAAUUUGCAUAUUUUCUAGGCCCAAAUGAGACAUUGUCCUGUAUAGCUGUUCCUUCCUCGACUUCUUUGUCUACAAGCUUCAUUCGACCAUCCACAGCUUCUCAAAUCGCGUCUCUUACCACCACAAUAGCGACUUUUCAGGAUACACCAAAGUUAAAGAACGGUAAGAUAACUUUUCCUCUAUACAAUACUGGGAGCUUCAAGGAGUGCUAGUAAGGUUAUAUAUCUAUCUAUACGGCUAUUUCCUUCCAUUUCACUUUCACAAGCCUACGUCCACAGUUAUUAAGUCUUUGUGAAACUCAACAAUAUUUUGUUUCAUCAAAGAAAAAGUUCAUUUUUCCUGCUUAUUGUCCCAAGAGCUUCUCGGGCUGCUAGUACAUUGAAGGCCCUCCUUUACAGCUAUUUCCUUCACCAUUGCUUUCACAAGUUAACUACCACAGUUAUUAUGUGUUUAUGAAAUUCAACGAAUCUUUUGUUUCAUUACACAAAAAAUUGCAACAUCCAAAUGAAACAAAAAUUUGUGAUAAAAUCUAAAAGUCUGUGUCGUGAUCGUAAACUUACUUUUCCCAAAGAGAGGAGUAAAUAUUCCUUCCAACUCUAAAGUAUGUAAACAAAGAUUGGAUUGCUUUGCAACGUUUUUCAAACUAAAGAGAGUCACCUCCUCCUGAAAUAUUUAUACAUGUAGGUCGUACUGUCAAAAAUAACUCUGAUACUUCGUUAAACUAUCUUAUAGCAAAGAAAUAGAUUACCUCUAACGCUAACAACGAAAUUAAAUUCUAGGAAGCAAUAACCUAUCUUUUCAAGUAAAGCUGCUACUGAAAAAUGAGUCAUGGAGAGUUUCUUAUGAAAACAGAAGCAGUGAUAUGUUCAUGAACAUAUCUUCUACCGUGAAGCAAAACGUA